AUGCCAGCUUUUAAAUGCCAAUUGCCAGUUGCCAAUACUCAAUUGCAAAUUGCCAAUCGCCAAUGCCUAAUGCCCAAUUGCAAAUUGCAAAUUCCCUAUUGCCAAUUCUCAAUUGCCAAUUUCCAAUUUCCAAUUGCCAAAUCCCAAAUGCCAGUUUUUAAUUGCCAAUUGCCAGUUGCCAAUACUCAAUUGCAAAUUGCCAAUCGCCAAUGCCUAAUGCCCAAUUGCAAAUUGCAAAUUGCCAAUUCUCAAUUGCCAAUUUCCAAUUUCCAAUUGCCAUUUCGCAAUUCUCAACUGCCAAUUGCCAAUUCCCAAAUGCCAGUUUUUAAUUGCCAAUUGCCAGUUGCCAAUACUCAAUUGCAAAUUGCCAAUCGCCAAUGCCUAAUGCCCAAUUGCAAAUUGCAAAUUCCCAAUUGCCAAUUCUCAAUUGCCACUUUCCGAUUUCCAAUUGCCAAUUCGUAA